CGUGACCUCAAUCUGCGAACAUUGUCAUGUGAUCAAAAUAGGAAGUGGCGUUAGUCGUCUCGUCUGAUUCAAAGGUGCUAGGUUGGGUGGAAGCGCCCGAGAUAUUUGAUUAUUAACCUUCAAGGUUUCCCCAUGAAAAGACGAAAUCCUUCGUGUUUGAUAGUGACGACCAUGGGGACACUUUUUCUGCUUAUGGUGGUAUUAUAUGGUACAAUAAAUUCACAGGUACGUAGCUCCUUUCGUUUCUUUUCAUGGUAUGGACUUACCUGUUUUACUGAUUGUCUGCAUCAUGUCCUUCCUUGCCCUUGUUGAGUUAGCUAACAGUUGCCAGAAUCAAUAGUUACUUGUCAAAUGUGCUCCAUUACAUAAAUGACAAUAUUAUCUCACUUAAAACCCUGUUCAGAACAAACUGUCUGUUUAGAACAGGAUCCUGUCUGUCCUGUUAAGAAAUCCUGUCAAAAUACUGGGCUGCAUUCAGUACGUCUUUAUGUACUGAACGACCAGUUGAACAUUUACGUCAUUUAGCAGACGCUCUUAUCCAGAGCGACUUGAACAACGGGGAUGGAUUGGGUUGUGGUAAAGGCCCUGUUCGAGAGCAUCAAUUCAGCAUCAAAUGGGGAUUGACUGAUCUACAAAUAAUAAUGAGUAGUUAAUUAUUGUGCAAAAUGAUUUGGAGAUCAAUCAGUCGGCAGUCUCAUGCACUAAAGUCCCACAGUGGUGGUGUCAUAAUACCCAUAAAACCUAGCGGCCAAACAGGGAAACGGUUUCAAUCGUUUUCCAGCAUUCAUUUUACUAAAUGCUAAUUAGCUGCUAAUGUAGCUAUCAUAAAGAACCACAAAUGACAUUAUUUGGAAGAGACUGCUGAAUCGAGGCAAAGGUAAGAAUCUGUUACAGCCUGAAUUUGAAAUUGGUUAAAUUGAGAUUUUGUGUCACUACACACAAUAGCCCAUAAUGUCAAAGUGGAAUCCUGUUUUUAGAAAUUGUCACAAAUUAAUACAAAAUGUAAAGCUCAAAUAUCUUGAGUCAAAGUAUUCAACCCCUUUGUAAUGACAAGCCUAGAUAAGUUCAGGAGUACAAAUGUGCUUAACGAGGCACAUAAUAAGUUGCAUGGACUCACUCUCUGUGCAAUAAUAAUGUUUAACAUGAUUUUUGAAUGACUACCUCAGCUCUGUACCCCACACAUACAGUUGAAGUCGGAAGUUUACAUACACUUAGGUUGGAGUCAUUAAAACUCGUUUUUCAACCACUCCACAAAUUUCUUGUUAACAAACUAUAGUUUUGGCAAGUCAGUUAGGACAUCUAGUUUGUGCAUGACACAAGUAAUUUUUCCAACAAUUGUUUACAGACAGAUUAUUUCACUUAUAAUUCACUGUAUCAUAAUUCCAGUGGGUCAGAAGUUUACAUACACUAAGUUGACUGUGCCUUUAAACAGCUUGGAAAAUUCCAGAAAAUGAUGUAAUGGCUUUAGAAGCUUCUGAUAGGCUAAUUGACAUCAUUUGAGUCAAUUGGAGGUGUACAAUGGAUGUAUUUCAAGGCCUACCUUCAACCUCAGUGCCUCUUUGCUUGACAUCAUGGGAAAAUCAAAAUAAAUCAGCCAAGACCACAGAAAAAAAAUGGUAGACCUCCACAAGUCUGGUUCAUCCUUGGGAGCAAUUUCCAAACGCCUGAAGGUACCACGUUCUUCUGUUCAAACAAUAGUACGCAAGUAUAAACACCAUGGGACCACGCAGCCGUCAUACCGCUCAGGAAGGAGACGCGUUCUGUCUCCUAGAGAUGAACGUACUUUGGUGCGAAUAGUGCAAAUCAUUCCCAGAACAACAGCAAAGGCCCUUGUGAAGAUGCUGGAGGAAACAGGUACAAAAUUAUCUAUAUCCACAGUAAAAUGAGUCCUAUAUCGACAUAACCUGAAAGGCCGCUCAGCAAGGAAGAAACCACUGCUCCAAAACCGCCAUAAAAAAGCCAGACUACGGUUUGCAACUGCACAUGGGGACAAAGAUCGUACUUUUUGGAGAAAUGUCCUCUGGUCUGAUGAAACAAAAAUAGAACUGUUUGGCCAUAAUGACCAUCGUUAUGUUUGGAGGAAAAAGGGGGACGCUUACAAGCCGAAGAACACCAUCCCGACCGUGAAGCAGGGGGGUAGCAGCAUCAUGCUGUGGGGGUGCUUUGCUGCAGGAUGGACUGGUGCACUUCACAAAAUAGAUGGCAUCAUGAGGAAGGAAAAUUAUGUGGAUAUAUUGAAGCAACAUCUCAAGACAUCAAUCAGGAAGUUAAAGUUUGGUCACAAAUGGGUCAUCCAAAUGGACAAUGACCCCAAGCAUAGUUCCAAAUCCUAUAGAAAAUGUGUGGGCAGAACUGAAAAAGCGUGUGCGAGCAAGGAGGCCUACAAUCCUGACUCAGUUACACCAGCUCUGUCAGGAGGAAUCGGCCAAAAUUCACCCAACUUAUUGUGGGAAGCUUUUGGAAGGCUACCUGAAACGUUUGACCCAAGUUAAACAAUUUAAAGGCAGUGCUACCAAAUACUAAUUGAGUGUAUGUAAACUUCUGACCCACUGGGAAUGUAAUGAAAUAAAUCAAAGCUGAAAUAAAUAAUUCUCUCCACUAUUAUUCUGACUUUUCACCUUCUUAAAAUAAAGUGGUGAUCCUAAUUGACCUAAGACAGGGAUUUUUUAACUUGGAUUAAAUGUCAGGAAUUGUGAAAAACUGAGUUUAAAUGUAUUUGGCUAAGGUGUAUGUAAACUUCCGACUUCAACUGUACAAUUAUCUGGAAGGUCCCUCAGUCAAGCAGUGAAUUUCAAGCAACGAUUCAACCACAAAGACCAGGGAGGUUUUCCAAUGCCUCACAAAGAAGGGCACCUAUUGGUAGAUGGGUAAAAAAAAUGUUUUAUUAAUUACACUUUGGAUGGUGUAGCAAUGCAUCCAGUCACUACAAAGAUACAGGCUCCCUUCCUAACUCAGUUGCUGGAGAGGAAGGAAACCGCUCAGGGAUUUCACCAUGAGGCCAAUGGUGACUUUAUAACAGUUACAGAGUUUAUUGGCUGUGAUAGGAGAAACCGAGGAUGAUCAACAGCAUUGUAGUUACUCCAUACUAGCCUAAAUGACAGAGUGAAAAGAUGGAAGCCUGUACAGAAUAAAAAAUAUUCAAAAACCUGCAUCCUGUUUGCCAUAAGGCACUAAAGGUAAACUGCAAAAAAAUUGCCUAAGUUAUUAACUUUAUGUCCUGUAUACAAAGCGUAAUGUUUGGGGCAAACAUUUCACAUCACUGAGUACCAUUCUUCAUAUUUUCAAGCAUGGUGGUGGCUGUAUCAUGUUAUGGGUAUGCUUGUCAUCGGCAAGGACUAGGGAGUUUUUGAGGAUAAAAAUAAAUGGAAUAGAGCUAAGCACAGGCAAAAUGAAAACCUGGUUCAGUCUGCUUUCCAACAGACACUGGGAGACAAAUUCCAGCAGGACAAUAAGCUAAAAUAAACAACCAAAUAUACACUGGAGACAACAUUUAAUUUUCCUGAGUGGCCUAGUUACAGUUUUGACUUAAACCGGCUUGAAAAUCUAUGGCAAGACUUGAAAAUGGCUGUCUAGCAAUGAUCAACAACCAACUUGACAGAGCUUGAAGAAUUUAAAAAAGAAUAAUGUGCAAAUAUUGUACAAUCCAAGUAUGCAAAGCUCUUAGAGACAUACCCAGAAAGACUCGCAGCUGUAAUCGCUGCCAAACGUGAUUCUAACAUGAAUUGACUCAACGUAUUUAAUCAUUAGUCUUUUAUUUUUCAUGAAUUCUAACGUGUAUAAAAUAAAUAUAUUCCACUUUGACAUUACAGAGUAUUUUGUGUAGAUCGUUGACAAAAAAAAAGACAAUUAAAGACAUUUUAAUCCCAACUUGUAACACAACAAAAUGUGGAAAGAGUCAAGCGGAGUGAAUCCUUUUUCUGAAGGCACUGUACCAUCAAGUUUAUUACAUAUCAAUCCAUUUCAACAGUAAAUCAAAUACAAUAAAAUCAUUAGGCCUAAUCAAAUAAUUUCCCAUUAGAAUGCAUAAGGCAAUAUGUUUUUUGUUUUUUUGUCAGCAAUCGGAAACAUCUGGCCUAAAACAAGAUUACAGACUUCUAGGACGACCACUGUACAAAUUGGAUAUCAACUGGCCCAAAUAUCCCGAGCUUUUCAGCGGCGAGGUAUUUGGAGUGGCUGUCAACCAGUAUGCCGGUGUGGUAUAUGUUGCACAGGUCAGUAUGUUAUCUUCAUGUCCUGUAUUUUAUUUAUAACAAAUGGUGUUAUGAUACAAAACUGAAAGAGACAAAGGGAAAAGAGAAAGCCAGGCUUAAAAAACAGAUUAACAUAACAUUAUCAUUGUAAAAACAGUGCUGUGAGUACAAAUGUAGGGUAUUAGGUAUUAAAUAGCCAAACUUCUAUGUCCUAGAGAGGUGAGACAGUGCCAAAGGUGCUGGUGUUCACCACAGACGGAGAGUUCCUACAGGCCUGGAACACAAGCACCCUGGAGAUGCCCCAUGGGAUCUUUUUGGCCGACGCCUACACCAACCCCACCGUGUGGGUCACGGACGUAGGAAACGGUGAGGCCUCACAGCAGACCUGGGCCCGGUUUCCCAUUAGCGAUGGAACUUAAGCUUAUGAGUGUUUUAUCGAUGCACCUUUCCUACAACGGCCGAAGAUGUAACAUGCGUUUCCCAAAACACCGGGCAGAGAGAACGGUUGCUAAGUGCGUCGUUGGAGCAUGUGUCGAUACUGAUAGGAUCGAAAGGAAGGGAGUGCUGCUUUCAGAUCAGCUUUCUUCAUUCAGCUCUUUCCUCAACAUUGUAAUUACAGUGCAUUUGGAAAGUAUUCAGACCCCUUCACUUUUUCCACAUUUUGUUACAUUAAAGCCUUAUUCUAAAAUGGAUUAAAUAAAACAUUUUCCACAUCAAUCUACAUACAAUACCCCAUAAUGACAAAGCAAAAACAGGUUUUUAGAAAUGUUUUUACAUAAGUAUUCAGACCCUUUGCUAUGAGACUUGAAAUUGAGCUUAGCUGCAUCCUGUUUCCAUUGAUCAUCCUUGAGAUGUUUCUACAACUUGAUUGGAGUCCACCUGUGGUAAAUUCAAUUGAUUGGACUUGAUUUGGAAAGGCACAUACCUGUCUAUAUAAGGUCCCACAGUUGACAGUGCAUUUCUGAGCAAAAACCAAGCCAUGAGGUUGAAGGAAUUGUCCGUAGAGCUCCGAGACAGGAUCGUGUCGAGGCACAGAUCUUUGGAAGGUUACCCCAAGAUUUCUGCAGCAAUGAAAGUCCCCAAGAACACAGUGGCCUCUGUCAUUCUUAAAUUGAAGAUGUUUGGAACCACCAAGACUCUUCCUAGAGCUGGCCUCCCGGCCAAACUGAGCAAUCGGGGGAGAAGGGCCUUGGUCAGGGAGGUGACCAAGAACCCGAUGGUCACUCCGAAAGAGCUCCAGAGUUCCUCUGUGGAGAUGGGAGAACCUUCCAGAAGGACAACCAUCUCUGCAGCACUCCACCAAUCAGGCCUUUAUGAUAGAGUGGCCAGACGGAAGCCACUCCUCAGUAAAAGGCACAUGACAGCCCGCUUGGAGUUUGCCAAAAGGCACCUAAAGAACUCUCAGACCAUGAGAAACAAGAUUCUCUUGUCUGAUGAAACCAAGAUUGAACUCUUUGGCCUGAAUGCCAAUCGUCACGUCUGGCGGAAACCUGGCACCAUCCCUACGGUGAAGUAUGCUCGUGGCAGCAUCAUGCUGUGGGGAUGUUUUUUAGUGGCAGGGACUGGGAGACUAGUUAGGAUCGAGGGAAAGAUGAACGGAGCAAAGUACAGAGAGAGCCUUGAUGAAAACCUGCUCCAGAGUGCUCAGGACCUCAGACUGGGGCGAAGGUUCACCUUCCAACAGGACAACGACCUUAAGCACACAGCCAAGACAACGCAGGAGUGGCUUUGGAACAAGUCUCUGAAUGUCCUUGAGUGGCCCAGCCAGAGCCCGGACUUCAACACGAUCGAACAUCUCUGGAGAGAACCUAAAAAUAGCUGUGCAGCGACGCUCCCCAUCCAACCUGACAGCGCUUGAGAGGAUCUGCAGAGAAGAAUGGUAGAAACUCUCCAAAUACAGGUGUGCCAAGUUUGUAGCCUCAUACCCAAGAAGACUCAAGGCUGUAAUCGCUGCCAAGGGUGCUUCAACAAAGUACUGAGUAAAGGGUCUGAAUACUUAUGUAAAUGUGAUAUUUCAGUUUUUUUUUAUACAUUAGCAAACAUUUCUAAAUACCUGUUUUUGCUUUGUCAGUAUGGGGUAUUGUGUGUAGAUUGAUGAGGGGGACAAACAAUUUAAUCCAUUUUAGAAUAAGGUUGUAAUGUAACUAAAUGUGGAAAAAGUGAAGGGGUCUGAAUACUUUCUGAAUGCACUGUAUUUCACAAUACUGGCGACGUAUCAGCUCCUAUAGAGAUAUUACCAUUUACGGCUGCAAAUAUUUAGGUGGCUUAUUCUAAUGCUUACCCAAUAAAAAUGCUCUAAAUCACAGAUUUUGCACAUUGCGCACGUUCAUCUGCACCAUUAAAUAUUUUGAGACAAAUUACAGACUGUAGCCUACAAGUAGCAAAUAGAACUCAAUUGAUUGAACAUAGCUUACUUGUUUAUCUUUUAAUGCAGUCAUUGCAGUUUUUAUUUGAAGCCUAUUUUUAUAUGUUGCUUGUUUGUAUCAAUUGCAAAGACAUUGGCAACUUUGUAUAUGUAGUCAACUUUGUUCUGAAGUUAUUGAGGUCACAGAGAGAUGGAUAAACCAUGUGGUUGUAUGUUUAGCGGAGAUCUUCUGUGUAUAAAGUGACGCGGGAGGGCAAAAAAGCAUCUAACAACGCACUUAGCUGUUCUACGAGUGGUCUGAUGCAGGCCUUAGAUUACGAGCGUUUUCAAGUGCAACGUUAAUAACGAUGGUUUUGGGAGACCGCUCUGAGAUUUAACGAUGGUCCAACGAAGGUUCUAACAAUGAACUUAGCCUUAAUGAGCCACUGAACACGCCGAUUGGCACGUAUUUUUCUAUUGCUCAUUAGAAAAAGGAAAUUUCAGUCUUGGAGGUGUGUUUCUUGACCGAUUCCGCGUUUUAGUUAAUGAUGAUUGGCCCCUAUGAGACACUGUAGAUGCAGAAGCCUAUUUCACUUCCUCAAAAUCCCCAGAAUGAAUCUAAGAACUCAUGAAAUCUGUAAUAUAUUUUUACAUUUUUGCCGAGGAUGUUUUAGAUGCACUAUUUUAGAUCUAACUAAGGUGUUUGGUGCAGUUUUUCUCAAGUAAAAAAAGUGUUGUCUUAUGUAAACAGUCGGAGCUGCUGGGCAGGUCUGUCUCACUGUCGAUGCUAUUGGAUAGAGAGCAAUCACCGCAGCUGUUCACCCCAUGUUAGUGGGCAAAUGGACAACGUCAAAUCAAAACCUAACCUUCAUUUUCCGGUGUGACACACAGAUGUUCCAAACUCUGUUUUAGACGAGACUGACUUUAUGACCAAAAUCAUCCUAUUUACACUUUGUAGUCAAUUUUGACACUAGAAUAACUGUUUCUGACUCAUAUCGAUGCCACAUAUGCCGUUUUCAAAGGGAUUUGUUGCUUGUUAAAGGCAGAUGCUUUUUAAGAUGCUUUUGGGAAACCAGGCCCUGGGUCGUGUUCAUUAGGACACGCAACAGACAACAUUUAGCAAUGGAAAACUAAAAUAAGCGCUAUUGUGAAUGUAUUCUAUGUACUAAACACUUUAGUAUAGACAGAAUACGGUGUAUUUACUUCAUGUUAGUCAUACACACAUCUGGCUGAUAAACAAGGGAUCCAGCUAAAGUGCCUUGCCUAAUAGAACACUGUUUUUACACAACCUCAUCACUCAUCUAUUUCCCAAAACAUAAGCCUCCUUGACCUGUCUGCUGUCUCAUUGCUUAGAUUGCUGCUGUAGUCUCAGUGUUGUGAGUGACUGUACUGUAUUAUUCCUAUCCAAUCUGUUGUAGGCCCGUAUGGUCACUCCAUUAAGCAGUACUCUCCCUCGGGCAAGCUGCUCCAGGUGCUGGGCUCAAUGGGGGAAGCCGGCUCUGGGGUCAACCCUCUCCAGUUUGACCAGCCCGCUGAGGUCUUUGUCCACAGCUCUGGGGAGAUCUACAUAGUGGAUGGGGACGGAGGGAUGAACAACCGCCUCAUCAAACUGUCCAAAGGUGAUGAUGACGUUAUAACCACAGAGAGCCUAGAAUAAGUUAUGAGUUCUAUAUGUAAUUAUGUGGUUAUAACAUUACGUUCUGUGCCACAGCCACGCUUCCAGAAUGCCAUUUACAUAAAAAUUGAAUUUCUAGAACAGACAUACCCAUUAAAGUUCUGGUAAUUCAAUAUGUAUGGCCAUUAAUAUGAUAUGGUGAUACUGCCCAUUGAAAUAACAUAAUGCUAUAGCAAUGAUGUGAUCCAUGUUAUAACCUCUAUAUGGUUUCUUUAUAGACCUGGAGGUGCAAUGGAUGCACGGAGAGAAGGGCCAGGGCCUUGCACAGUUCUACAUCCCCCAUAGUGUGGCUGUAGAUAACUAUCAAAGGGUAGGUGCAUUGUGCAGGUCUCUGCUGUACAAGCAGUGCUGUGUUGAAGUCAACUUACUUUUUACAUUGACAUUUUAGUCAUUUAGCAGACGCUGUUAUCCAGAGCGACUUACAGGAGCAAUUAGGGUUAAGUGCCUUGCUCAAGGGCACAUCGACAGAUUUUUCAACUUCAAGUUCAAAACAUUAUGGUCCAAUAUUGUGAAGUGAUGUCUAAGCAGGCAGCUCGUGGUUUAAAUGCUUCACAAGCUGAAAUCCAAGUCUCAUCUCACUCAACUUUAUAGAACUGUACCUGAUACAGAUUGAUGGCGACAUUUUCGUAGUGCAAAGGAAUUGUGCAAAUUGCAAGAAAUACUGUAACCCUCAUAAUUUUGCAGUGAAAUGUAGUGUGAAACUUUUCUUCAAUUAUAUGCGUUAUAAGGAGGCGAUUAAUUUAAGUAGAGUUUAGUAAGCAGAGCAUUACAUAAAUACACAGAGUGUAAAAAACAUUAUUUCCAUGACAUAGACUGACCAGGUGAAAGCUAUGAUCCCUUAUAGAUGUCACCUGUUAAAUCCACUUCAAUCAGUAUAGAUGACGGGGAGGAGACAGGUUAAAGAAGGAGUUUUAACCCUUGAGACAUGGAUUGUGUAUGUGAGACAUUCAGAGGGUGAAUGGGCAAGACAAAAGAUUGAAGUGCCUUUGAACGGGGUAUGGUAGUAGGUGCCAGGCACACUGGUUUGAGUGUGUCAAGAACUGCAACGCUGCUGGGUUUUUCACGUUCAACAGUUUCCUGUGUAUCAAGAAUGGUCCGCCACCCAAAGGACAUCCUGCCCACUUGAUACAACUGUGGGAAGCAUUGGAGUCAACAUGGGCCAGCAUCCCUGUGGAAUGCUUUCGACACCUUAUAGAGUCCAUGCCCGACGAAUUGAGGCUGUUCUAAGGGGGAAAGUGGGUGCAACUCAAUAUUAGGAAGGUGUUUCUAAUGUUUUGUACACUCGGUGUAGUCUCCUCUUUAUAACGCAUAUUAUUAAAGCAAAGUUUCAAAUUAAAUCACACUGCCAGAUUAUAAUGAGGUUUAUGGUAAGUUUUGCAUUUUGUGGUAAGUGUGUGCUGUGGUGUUGUGCAGGUGUGGGUUGCUGACAGAGGAAACAAGCGAAUCCAGGUGUUUAAUUCUGUGACUGGAGACUGGCUUGGAACAUGGGGAAGCUGUUUCAAUGAGGAUGCACCCUACUCUGUCAGGUUGGUAGUGAUAGUCUCAAGAUUUACCUGUCAGUCUUAGUGUGUUUCCUUUCAUGGCCUAACUGGUUUUGCUGACUGCAACUCAAUAUUAGGAAGGUGUCCUAUAUAAUUCUCCCCAUAGGUUGACACCAGACCAGAAGUACUUUGUGGUUGUGCAGCUGAACACCAAUCAGAUCUCCCUGCUGGAGGCUCCACCUGUGGGUGUGAUUGGUCAGUGCCAGGUGGUCAGUGUCAUCCAAUUGGCUGAAGACGUCAAGCCCCACCUAGUGGACCUGGACCUGAAGACGGGGGCUCUGUAUGUGGCCGAGAUUGGUGCCCAGCAGGCUCAGAAGUUUACCCCAUUCAGCCUG